AUGGGCAAGACAUCUGGACAACUUUGCCAGGGUACUGCUGAAGAAGCAGAAGACGGGAAUUGGUACUGCUCAGAGGUCCGCGGCAUCACGUACCAUAAUAUCAGUCAGCCCGGGAGGUAUAAUCGGACCACCAGCAUUGAUCCACGAAGCGGCCUCUGUGCCCACGAAACAAUCUCGUACUCUGGCACCGGUUCUCUCACCCCGCUGAUUGGUGAAUUAUCAAUGCACCUGCGCGGACCCAUGAACGUUUCCCAGCUUGCUGUAUACACACUACAUAGCUCUACUUCUACCAACCGCAAACGUUCUCCUGCCCUCGUCAAUGCCGCGCACGACGACUCGCUCGGACUCUUCGAGGAUAAAUCUAAUAUGGUUCGGUAUCGUGCUGACAAUGGCUACAAAGAUGAUUCGGCUAGUGACAGUCCCCCUCAGCCUUACAUCACAACAUCGAUUAUGUCGACAACCACUAAGCCGACGCUGAGCCUAAGGCAGAGCCCAGAUGUGUCAGAAGCCGCCGCUGGUUGGAACCGGAUUGCGUAUUACACUUCGUCUUCUCCAGCUGAAGCUACAGGUUUAGCAUUUCUUGCUAAUCUGGGUGACCCCCAGCUCUCCGGUACUUUCGACCACUCUUUUGGCAACUCUUUAUCGUAUGUUUCUAGCAGAGGCAAUGAAUGCGUAGCCGAUAGCACUCCUUUCGAUGGAACACUAGAAACAUCGGAGGCUUUCUUCAUUGAAUUCCAGAUGGAUCAUUACGACAACAUCGGCCAGGACCAAGGCAUGCUCUCUGAUGCACCAGCUUGGUGGUUCCUAAAUGCGGAGAUCCCCCGGACCCUCCAAUAUGGAAACGACCGAAACAACAUCCCGUGUUCAUGUUGGUCAACCGGCUGUGGUGAGUUCGACGCCUUCGAAGUUCUGGGUAGAGGAGAAGAGCGGGCGAAGUCGACCAUUCAUCGACAGGGGAAUCUCGAAGGCGGAGACUCUAACUACUUCAAGCGGCCUGUUGGCAGGAUGCUCAAGUUCUCGGUCAUCUUCCACGAAUACAAUAUCACGGCUACUGUCCUGGACGACGAUUUCGACUUUGGCAGUUCCUUGAGCGACGCGCAAAUUGCUGAUAUCGUGGCGUAUGAUUCUAACAGUAAUACGCACUCUCUAUUCGCGAUUGGAACUUGAAUGACUACCCGCUUCGUCUACCUGGCUCUUCAGAUGCUCGUGGGUUGUUAUAGAUGAGGACAGCUACCACAUUCUAUUUAUUCGCUGCAAAACGGCACGAAUUAGACGGAACGACUGCGGUUGGAUUUAUACGUAGAAAGCAUAAUAAUUAAGUAAUGUAUCAUAACGCGUCAGCUUCGCGGUGGCAACAUCAAGCAUGAAGCAAGUAUUGAAGUGCAUGACCUGGCUCGUGAAAGAGUGUGUCCUGUGACGGCUCCCAUAGACUGGGCCAGG